GCCACCAACAAACACACACAAACAGAGACACCUGUAAACACAGACAGACAUGUACAUACACACACAGAAACAUGUACACACACGCACAGAGACACAUGUACACACACACAUACAGACACAUGUAUACACACACAGGCACGUACAGACAUACACAGAAAUACACACGCACAGACACAUGUACGUACACACACAGACAUAUGUACAUACAUACACAGACACAUGUACGUACAUACACACAAACACAUGUACACACACACACAUGUACAGAUACACACAUGUACAUACACACAGACACAUGUACAAAUGUACAUGCAUACACAGAAACACACAAACACAUAUGUAUACGUACACCCCCCCCCAUAAAAAGUUGCAGUACUUCGUUGUUCACUCACAGAGCCGGGUACUGCACUCUAGGGGGAGGCAGAGAGCACAGCACACACUCCUUCCUUUGCUUUCACUGCGCUCAGCUAUUGAGCAGUCUGACGGCUCCCCAGUGCCAAUGACAGAUCCAGCCUGACCCCCGAGCCUGCUCAGCAAGACAGCCCUGGGGACACACUUGCCCCCACCAUAAUUUCCACUCGCCAUUGGCGAGCAGGCGAGUGGAAAUUUCAAGC